AUGGGGUGGUCGACCUCGACACCGCAACGCGUGGGCGUUGCCGCCCUAGACGCGGUGAUGGGCACACCGGCGACGCGUAAGAAUCAGAGAACAGCAGCCACUAACGGCGACUCAAGCUCCCGCGCAAGCAGCGGCCGGUUCCAGCGGCUUGAGGUGCUCGGCGCAGGAACAUUCGGCGUCGUCUACCGGGCGAGGGACCGCCGCACGGGUGAGAUCGUGGCGGUGAAGUGCCUCCGUGCGAGCGACGGCGCCGGCGACGCCGAACGCUACCUCUUCGACUUCGCCAGCGAGGUCAGUGCUCUCGAGGCGUACAGCGGCCACCCGUCCAUCGUUCAGCCGCGUGGCUCCGGCCAACUUGACAGCGGGGCUUUCCUCGCCAUGGAGUUUGUGGGGCCGACUCUCAGGCACGUCAUGAAGCAUGUCCGCUUUGGGAGGAGGCACACCGAGCUGGAGGUUCGUCUUCUCAUGAGGCAGCUUCUCGCCGGCGAGAGGAGGAUGAAUCGUCUCGGCCUCAUGCACCGGGACCUGAAGCCGGAGAACGUGCUUGUGGACAGCCACGGGAACCUCAAGAUCUGCGACCUGGGGCUAUCGUGCAGCAUGGCCGACGGGCCGCCCUACUCUAAUCCUAUUGGGACACGGGGAUAUCGCGCGCCAGAAAUCCUCCUCGGGUCCACGGAUUACGACGAGCGUGUCGACUCAUGGGCUCUCGGUGUCAUGAUGGCCGAGCUCCUCGCCGGCCAGCACCCUUUCCAUGGGAGGUCGGACAUGGAUCACCUCAGCGAAAUCUUGGCCCUUCUUGGCAUGGCAGACAUCAAGGAGUGGUCGGGCUACGAUGGGCGGCGGCUACCUAGCGGAUGCCAACCAGGAAGCUUCUUGCGCAACAAGUUCCCAUGUCCCGCUGAGGCCAGGAUAAAAGGACCGCCAACACUGUCGGAGGCUGGUUUCGAGGUCUUGAGCGGUCUUCUACAAUGCAACCCGGAGAAGAGGCUCACGGCGGAGCAAGCGCUCAAGCAUCGGUGGUUCAAGGACGCCAACCCUAGAGCUACCAGGAGUUGA